CGCAGUACAAUUUCAGAAAUCAGACGGGCAGCAAGUGUCGUGGUUCAAGUGCGGCUAAUUUGGCUUAUAUUUGUGCAGUGUUGAAAAAUCAAACUAAAUUCAAAAUCGGCUUUAAAGAAAACAAAUUCAUAAAGGGAAAUACCCAAAGAAAAUAACCCUCAGUGUUUCAAAAGUGUUCAAAUUUUACAAUUGUGGCAUCACAACAACAAAUUCAGCAAUCAUCGUGAAUUUUCAAAAAGAAGAUUAAGAAAUCAACAGUGCAAACGACACUGAGUUGCAGCUGAAAGUGGAAGAAGCAACUGCAGCAGCCGCAUAAAAUUCGAGAAGAAUAGACAACGCCAUUGGGAGAAGCAACAAUAGCACUUGGAUACCCAGCAGCAACAUCCAUAAUCGAAAGCUAAGCCACAUCAUCGAAAUCUUCUGGCAGUGUGGUAGCAGCAUUAACCAGCAGCAACAUCAUUUAGCUCCGUCCAUGGGCGCCGCGGCAAACAGAGUCCGGUGAAAAUGGACAAAGGCCGCGCGAGGCUGCCGCCGAAUUAGCAGAGAAGCCGGAAAAUCCGCACAUACGGACGGGCAGUGCAAAUAUUUGCCAGGCCCCCAAAAAAAAAGAAAGAAAUAUUAAAAAAAAAAGAAGAACACACACAUAUAACAAAGGCGCUCAGAAGGGGAAGCAUUUGUGCGACAAUAGCCAAGGAAUUAGCCACAAAAGAAGGAGCAACCGGGUCCAUUAAGACAGUCAAACCAUCCGAUCCCAUCCCGGCUAGACGAGGUCCACUUAAAUGACCGAAUCCACACAGCUGCAGACGGCGGAGAACAACAACGCGGGCGUGGUCAAAAUGGAGCCCCCGCCGCCGGCGACCUCCUCCGUUUCCGUAUCCGCCGCCGCAGCCGCCCACGCCCUCUCCUCCCUCUCUUCGCUUACAAUGGCCGCCACCGGAUCCGCCCUCUCGCCGGCCACGCCCCCGCCCUCCCUGAACCUCUCACAUCAGCAGCAGCAGCACCAGCAGCACUACGCCCUCAAGUGGAAUGACUUCCAGAGCUCGAUCCUCAGCUCCUUCCGUCACCUGCGGGACGAGGAGGAUUUCGUCGACGUGACGCUGGCCUGCGACGAGCGUUCCUUCACCGCCCACAAGGUCGUCCUGAGCGCCUGCAGCCCCUACUUCCGCCGGCUGCUCAAGGCCAAUCCCUGCGAGCACCCGAUAGUCAUCCUGCGCGACGUGCGCUGCGAUGAUGUCGAGAAUCUGCUGAGCUUUAUGUACAAUGGUGAGGUGAAUGUGAGCCACGAACAGUUGCCCGACUUUCUGAAGACAGCUCACCUGCUGCAGAUUCGCGGUCUGGCGGAUGUGAAUGGUGGCUAUCCCUAUUCCAAGGCCUUGUCCGCCGCCUUGAGUCACAACAGCAGCAAUAACAACAACAACAACAGUAGCAGCAACAACAGCCUGAGCAACAACAAUAACAAUAACAACAAUAAUGCCGAGAGCAGUAAUCAUAACAAGAUAAGCAGCUAUUUAUCGCCCAAUCAAACGAGCGCCGCGUGCAACAACAGCAGCAACAGCAAUAGCAACAACCACAGCAGCAGCCACAACAACAGCAGCAGCAACAACAUAAGCGGAUCCCUGAACAGCAGCCUGAACUCACCGUUUAGUGCGCCACAGAUACCGCCACCAGUGACCGCAUCGAGUGCAGCGGCAGCAGCAGCAGCGGCCGCAUCCCUGACCGCCGCAGUAGCCGCAGCAGCGGCAGCAACAGCAGCCAGUGCCGGCAGCAGCAGCAGCGCCGCCAGCGGACAGACGAGCGGUACGCCCGCCAUCCAGGAGCUGAAGGCAUCGUCGGCAGCGUCGCCCGUAAGAAACCCGAACCCCAAUCCCAGCAAAGCCAGCAGCAGCAACCACUGGGACAUGGGCGAGAUGGAGGGCAGCCGGAAGAGCCAUCUGACGCCGCCGCCACAGAAACGCAUCAAGAGCGCCGACUUGUUCCGUGCCCAGCAUGGCAUCAGUCCCGAGCGAUUGCUGUUGGAUCGGGAGUUCCCCGUCGCCGGACAGCAUCCACUCACAAGGAACAGAAGCGGUCGGGACACAUCCAAGGAUCGGGAGCGCAACUUGGAGUUGAGGGAAUCGCUACUGGGACAGGCUUUGGAGAACAGCAACGGCCAGCAGGCCAAUCCGAAACACGAACUGGGACAGAGCGCGGGUGAAGAUUCGAACAGCAGUGAUACCGAGCCCUCGGAUCGCGGCGAUGGUCAGCACGAUGGAACCCUCGACGGGAUUGACAACCAGCGCUCGCACUCGUUCCCCAAUGCAUUCCUCGGCCUCCAGGGCAUUCCAGGACUUCUGCCAGGACCCUCUGGCAUCAACAGCGAUUUCGUUUCCCGACGCUCCCUGGAAAUGCGAGUCCGAGCCACAGAUCCGCGUCCCUGCCCCAAGUGCGGAAAAAUCUACCGCUCCGCCCACACGCUACGCACCCAUCUGGAGGACAAGCACACCGUGUGCCCCGGCUAUCGAUGUGUGCUCUGCGGCACGGUGGCCAAGUCCCGCAACUCUUUGCACUCGCAUAUGUCGCGCCAACAUCGCGGCAUCUCCACCAAGGACCUGCCCGUCCUGCCCAUGCCCAGUGCUUUCGAUCCAGAGCUCGCCUCGCGCCUUCUGGCCAAGGCGGGCGUCAAGAUCUCACCCGCUGAGCUGAGGGCCAGAGCCUCGCCCACCGGCGGAAGUGGCAGCAGCGGCGGAGGCGGCGGAGGUGGUAGCAGCCAGGCCAAGUUGGAUUUAAGCAACGCUAGCGGUGGACCCAUGGACGAUGCCGAGGACUCGGACGACGAUCCCGAGGACCUGACCACGGGCAACGGAUUGUAUGGAAUGGGCGGAAGCAGCAGCGACCUGAGCCGUUACCACGAGAGCCUGUUGAGCAACUUCGGUCACGCCAGGAUGCGAAAUGAGGCGGCUGCCGUGGCGGCCACUGCAGCUGCUCUUGGUCAACCCAAGGACUUGGGCGUUCAGCUGCCAAACAGCAACGCGCCUGGGCAAUCCCUGCUGGACACCUAUCUGCAGUUCAUCACGGAGAAUACAUUCGGCAUGGGCAUGUCCCAGGAGCAGGCCGCUGCAGCAGCACUGCGCGCCAAGAUGGCCCAGCUUAACGCGAUGGGACACAGUCUGGACAACCUGCCGCCGGGCCUUCUUCCCGGACAAUUCGACCUGAGCAAGCUGGCCGCCGGAAAUCCCGCCUUUGGACAGAGCGGACCCGGACUAACCAUUGAGCCGAUAAUGCGACACGAACAGGCAGCGGGAAACCUCUCGCCGAACCGACCACUGGCUCUCAACUCGGGCGGCAGGAUGAUGGGUCACGAUGAAAUGGCGGAAAAUGAUGGCGACAUGCGGCGGGAAGGUUCGGAACCCAUGGAUCUGGGCCUGGACAACAACCAGUCGGGCAGCAACCAUGAGGUGGCCAACUCCGAUGCCGAGGAGAACUACUCGGAGGAUGAGGGAGUGCACAACACAUAGGAGGAGCAAGAGACUCCAGCGAGGGAACCACGAAUAUGAACAUGAACAUGAACAUAAACAAAUGUAUACCGAUUACCCAUGGAACAUAUGUAACGAGUAGCCUUAUCCUCAUGUAUACCAGUUUAUGUGUACGAUACGAUACAAUACGAUAGUGAAACCUAGGACUAAAAUCAUAUUUGUGCCGCUGCCAGAGCUGGCCUAGUAGAAUUCUAUGUUGUGCUUUUAAAACUACUACUACUACUACUACAGAUAUAUGUAGUAUACCUCUAUAUAUAGAUAUAUCGCUAUACACAUGUAUAUUUAUAAUUUAUAUACACAAGUACCUGCUGUGUAUACAAGUCGAUGAGGAGAAGAAAUGAAAAGAGCCCCAGACAACCCAUCCUGCAUGAAAAAGAAAACGUAAUGGUAGUCUUAGAGUACUAAGUUAGAUUUCACAUUGAAAGAGAUGCCUGUAAAUACAUUAAAAGAAAAACUUGAAUAUGUUAGGCCAACAGCAGCCCCCAAACGAUCCGUCGUAAUUAGUAUUGUACCAGACGCCAGCAGAUAAUUCAGAUGUGCCAUGCAUGCCACAGCCUUCCAGUUCCAAGUCUAGCCAGUCUAUACCAGUGCUUACCAUAUCUCAGGAACACUUGCGGACAAAUCCGAACAACUCAACCGAACUACCUCAGCCAGCGAAAGAGCUGAAUCCCCGAAACGAACCUCAGACUUCCAUGAGUUGUGACUGGUCCUGCACUCCAUCUUCAUGAAACUUGCCAAUUUUCAGCAGCAGAUAUCUGCUCUUAGACUUAGAAUCCUAUCGCGAGGGGAUCAGCAAACAAGAAAUUUAAUGUUUAUACAACUAACAUACGGUAUACAGUGCACGCUCGGUAUACGUAUUUACACUUAAAUAUACAAAACAUAUGAAUGCCUGUACUUAUUUGUCAGAGAAUUGAAUACCUCAGCAUACUCAGCAUUCGGUCGUCAGCACUCGAAGGUGGAACCCCCUUAAUGAUAUCCAGUGCGAAUCAUAAGCAUAUACUUAUACUUAAACUAGGCUAGUUAGUUUAUGUGGCAGCACUGCAAGCAAGACAUAGAUAGAUGUAACUACUUGUUUCCUGAAUGUAUGUAUUUAGUUGGAAUAUGCCUCAGUUAUUCUAGGUUUAUGGUUAGCUUCAAUCGGAGAUGAGCAUAGACUCUACAAGAGUCGAUACAACUUGCCUUAUGACCAACAUAUGUGUUAAUUUAGUAAUUUUCUACCUCAAUUAAUUUAAAUGUAUUUUACUUGGAUAUUUAUUUGUAAGUCCUUAACUGCACUCUGUAAUAUGUAACUUAUUUCACUGGCAUGCGUGUUUUUAAAAAUCUUACUUAAGAGCCACCUAACAGCAUAGCGAGAUAUAAAUAAAAAAAAAUUAAGAACACGAGAGUAUCUUUAGUUUUUAUUACCCGGUUUAAAGUUUUAUUUGGUUCUAGACACUUUUUCCUCUCACUCUCGCCCAAAUUUUGGCGCAAGCGGAGUGCAAUAGAUUGCAUUUUUAGGCUUGAAAUGCAUUUAUGGCUAAUGCGAUUUGGUUAAGACGUUAGAAUAAAAUAUAUUAGUUAAAGUCGUUACAUAAGCAAUAUAAGUAGACAUUCAUGUGCUUAGAAAGUUAUAUAAAUAUUUAUUGACAUUACAAUAAAGCCGCGUUAUGAAG